GAUGGGUAUGAACUUAAACCCGCACCCACUGCGGCCCUUUGUGGAAUAGUUUGCCCACCCCUGUUCUAGAAAGUACUUAGCAGUUCAAAUAUCAGUUUAUCAACAACUGUUGUGACUGUUCUUGAAUCAAUUCUCAAAUUUGCUGUAUUUAUUGUAUUUUUUUUAUGCAGCAGUCUUCAGUGUAGUUUGAACAGAUUAUUUGGUCAUCAUGUCUUCAAACAACACCUUGGAUGACGAGGACACCUUUAAGAUCCUCAUUGCGACUGAUAUUCACCUGGGAUACCUGGAGAAAGAGGCCAUCCGUGGCGGAGACUCCUACAACACAUUUGACGAGAUCCUUCAAUGUGCAAAGAACAAUCAGGUGGAUUUCAUCCUUCUGGGUGGUGAUCUUUUUCACGAGAACAAGCCAACACGUCGAUGCCUCCACACUUGCAUUACCAUGCUCAGAAAAUACUGCAUGGGAGACUCACCCAUACAAUUUAACAUUGUCAGUGACCAGACGGUUAACUUUAACACCACACAGUUUCCCUGGGUUAAUUAUCAGGAUGAAAACCUAAACAUCUCUAUUCCUGUGUUUAGCAUCCAUGGUAACCAUGACGACCCAACUGGGGCUGAGGGUCUGUGCGCUUUGGAUCUGCUCAGCGCAUCUGGUCUCCUCAACCAUUUUGGUCACUCUCAGUCCGUAGAGAAGAUUGAGAUCAGUCCUAUCCUUUUGCAGAAAGGCAGCAGCAAGCUUGCACUAUAUGGACUUGGAUCUAUUCCAGAUGAGCGUCUGUACAGGAUGUUUGUUAACAAUCAGGUGACAAUGUUGCGUCCGAAAGAAGACCAAGACGAGUGGUUUAACCUGUUUGCGAUUCACCAGAACAGGAGUAAGCACGGCCCCACAAACUAUAUUCCCGAGCAAUUCCUACACGAAUUUCUCGACUUAGUGGUGUGGGGACACGAACACGAGUGUCUUAUAGUGCCGAGCAAAAAUGAACAGCAGCUUUUCUACGUGACGCAGCCUGGAAGCUCUGUUGCCACCUCACUGUCUCCCGGAGAAGCGACUAAGAAGCACAUAGGGUUGCUGAGGGUGAAAGGGCGUAAAAUGAACAUGCAGAAGAUCCCCCUAAAGACAGUCCGUCAGUUCUUCAUCCAGGAUGUGGUGCUGACUGACUAUCAGGAUGCGUUCACAGUGGAUACACCCAACGUCAUUAAGAAGGUGGAGAACCUCUGCCAUGCCAAGGUCAUUGAAAUGCUAGAAGAGGCCGAGAGGGACCGACUGGGAAGUCCGCUCACCCCUGAGAAACCGCUUAUUCGCCUCAGAGUGGACUACACCGGAGGUUUUGAGACCUUCAACACUUCCCGAUUCAGUCAGAAAUACGUGGACCGUGUGGCUAACCCAAAAGACCUCAUUCACUUUCUCCGUUGCAGAGAGAAGAAGGAGAAAAUUAAAGAUGAAAUCAGCAUUGAUUACAGCAGGGUACCAAACACGACAGCAGUUGAGGGGCUGAAAAUGGAAGACCUGGUGAAGAAUUACUUAGAAGCGACCGAGCAGAAGGUGCAGCUGUCACUCCUGACGGAGCACAGCAUCGGCAAAGCCAUUCAGGAAUUUGUAUACAAAGACGAGAAAGACGCUAUCGAGGAACUCAUCUCCUACCAGUUGGAGAAAACGCAGCGCCAUCUACAGGGCCGGAGCGUAAUCACAGAACAAGAGAUUGACACCGAGAUCAAGCGAUUGAGAGACUCCAAAAAGAACACAACGGAAGAAGAAAAUGAAAUCACAGAGGCGAUGAACAGAGCCAAAGCGAACCGCUUGGAGCGCGGCGAGACCUCGAUGGACAUUGACAUGUUGGACCCGGCUAGCGACGUGGAUUCUGACGAAAACGCCGCACCCUCCAAAGGAAGAGGACGAGGACGAGGGGGCAGAGGGCGGGGACGUGGGAGAGGUGCUUCAUCUUCCGAGCAAAAACCCUCCUCGCGAGGAGCUUCCAGGAAAUCCUCAGUAACGAGCCAAAGCAGAAGCAUCAUGCAAGCAUUUCAAGCGUCAUCCCAAAAACCUCCUCGGAACAUCGCGACCAAAUCCUAUGCAGAAGAAGAUAUAACUAUUGAUGACUCUGAUGAAGACAUUCCUGUAACGAAGGCUCGACCCUCAUCCAAAGCCGCGUCCACGUCCUCAUCCAUGUGGCAGAGCUCUCAGAGCCAGAGCCAGACCGCUAAAGGAGUUAGUUUUGAUGACAGUGAUGAUGAGGAUGAUCCCUUUAAAGGCCCUGCCCGACGCGGAGCAAGAUAACUACAGCCACUUUUCUCAUUAAAGCCAAUAUUCUUGGAUCAUUCACCCAAAAGUAACUUCAAAUGCUGCUAUAUUGUUCAGGCGGUCUCUAAGCUGUAUGUCAAGGUUUUCCACAAAAACACAGUUCAAUGCCUCUUUAGCGCAAGGUAGGAUUAUUUGUAGUUCUUUAUUACAACUGUUCUGAUGUCUACAUAAAACGGAAGUUAUUUCUCAAUGAAAAUGUUGAAUUCAAACCUGGAUUUAUGAUGUUUUUUUUCUUCCCACGUCAAAACUGAGGUUAUUAAAAAGGUGUAUUCAAAUUGGGAUUUACAGUUAAAGGUGGGUGGAUGCCCUGGCCAAGUUUU